AAUCAAAAGAAGAAACAGCAGACGUUCCACUUGUUUGCUGUUGGUCCCGUUCAGUUAAUAUCUACUUUUUAGUGUCUUUUCGACUGGUGUAAACGUUGGAACUAAAUUAUAACAUCUUUCUGUAAGGUUAGUUCUUCUUAAACUUCGAUUAAAGAAUGUCAACUUACAAGAUCGUGGAUGAUGCUUACGGUAAAUCUGGGGUGAAACUGUUGCACAUCAAACGCGAUGGCCCUGUCCAUUCCAUCAGAGAAUUGGAGGUCAGCAGUCAGUUGACACUGGCUUCUAAGAAGGACUACACUGAAGGCGACAAUUCCGACAUCGUCGCCACCGAUUCCCAGAAGAACACAGUCUACCUUCUGGCUAAGAAACACGGUGUCAACAGCCCCGAAGAGUUUGCCAUCCUCCUAUGUCGCCAUUAUCUCAGCACCUAUGCUCACGUACUGAAGGCCCAAGUCCAGGUUGAGCUCUAUCCAUGGCAGAGGAUCGAUGCCGAUGGAAAGAAACACAAUCACGCGUUCGUGUUCACACCUGUGGCCACUCGCUUUUGCACCGCUCGCAUGGAGAAAAACGGAAUUCCGACUAUCGAAUCUGGACUGAAAGAUCUGCGCGUUUUGAAAACGACCCAAUCCUCUUUUGUCAACUUCGUCAACGACGAUUACCGUUCCCUGCCCGAUGCCAGUGAUCGUGUCUUCAGUACCGUGAUUACUUCGCGUUGGGAAUACUCAACGGUUAAUGUCGACUUUUGUAAAGCAUGGAAUACGGUAAAGGAUGCCAUUAUGAAAGUGUUCGCCGGACCAGCGGACAAGGGCAUCUACUCGCCAUCAGUCCAGAACACUUUGCAUCUCACAGAGAAACUGGUGCUGGAUUCUGUUCCUGAGAUUAAUUAUAUCGAAAUGAUCUUGCCAAACAAGCACUACAUUAACGUAGACUUGUCGAAAUUCAAGAACGUCGGAUUCGCCCACAACGAUACCGUCCUCCAACCGCUGGACAAACCAUCGGGCAACAUUCGAGCAGCUUUGACCCGUACCCUGGCCUCAAAAUUGUAAAAAAAUUAAUUCCAAGAAUUCAAUUGAACGCCGGCCCAUUCAGGGUAGAAUUCUGAAAGUUUGAUUGUACAAGAAAACGGUUACAUGAUGUUGUAAAAGGUAUCUUGUUAGUUCUUUGGGGGAAGACAUGCCGUUUCAACAGACAUUAAAUAAAAAGUACACUCGUCGGUCAACCCGGAA